CAUUGUUCAAAACAAACUUGAAAUGAGGCGUUUAAAUAAUUUAUUUACUUUUAUCUUGGCCAUAUCCGCGUUUUUUUUCGGUAGCUUUAUAACGAAGAUACUCAGUCCGGCAGACCAAUGUCCAGCACAUACCAUUGGACGCACCCAAUUGGAGCCGCUUCCGAAUGUGUUUCUCGUGGUGUUGGUGCUUAGCCCACCACGCAAUGCUGAUCAAAGGAACGCCAUGCGAAGGACCUGGCUACGAACUGCAAGACAACCCCUCCAUCAGCAGUAUUAUCCCGAAGAGUUGAUUUUUCUUCCAACCUACAGCUCUAAUGGUCACUUGCAGGUGGAGUUAGUUGAGCAGCAGGCAAAUCGCCUGAGGCAGUAUAAGGAUUGGCAGAAAAGAAUGAUGACAAAGGAUCUCCCAAGGACUCAAAGGCAUAUUAAAGUGAAGCACGUAUUUGCCAUUGGUACUUGGAAUAUAAGCAGUUCCAUGCAAGCGGACCUGCUGAAGGAGCAAAAUCAUCACAACGAUCUAAUAAUGCUGCAACGACACAAUGAUACAUACGGCAAUCUUACAAAAAAACUUAUCAAGGCCCUUGAUUUUUUGAGACAUCACUACGAUUUCUCAUAUGUCAUUAAAGUGGACGACGACACCUUCGUUAAGCUGAACAGUUUGCUUAAUGAACUUGUCUCCUAUGAUCGAAAAUUACUUCGCAAAAGGUCGGAGUACGGUCAAUAUCCCUUACCACAGCUAUAUUGGGGAUACUUUAAUGGUCGAGCCACAAUUAAAAGGAAAGGCCUUUGGAAAGAGUCUAAUUAUUUUCUUAGCAAAAACUACCUGCCUUAUGCAUUAGGCGGUGGUUACGUUUUAUCUCGAGAACUCUGUGAAUAUAUUGCCAACAGCUCCCAACUGCUCACACCCUAUGUGUCCGAGGAUGUUUCGGUCGGAACUUGGCUGGCUCCACUACGACAUGUCUAUCGCUGGCACGAUCCUAGAUUCGAUACUGCGUACAUGCCCCGCAAAUGUCAGCCCUAUCAUAUGGUGUUGCACAAACGCAGUCUAGAAAUGAUGACCGAUGUAUACGAUGGCAAACUCUGCAGUGGUACUGGUUCAAGCUCGUUAUCCGAAUACUUUUACGAUUGGAAAAAAGCAACGGAAAAAUGUUGUGAUAGCUUAGUAGUAUAGCUGUCGUGGAAACUUUAAGAACGAUGGACUAUAAACUAGUUUAUUCGCUUACCUGUGCUUAAUCAACCACUCCAACCGGUCGUCAUUUUCAAUAAGACUAGCUACCACAAUGUCCUUGGGGGCCACAAUAUAAAAGCGAUUCUCUUCGAUUAAGCUGCCCAGACUAUAGUCGUUUACGGUGUAAUCCUCGAAGCCCCGCAAAGUCAAACUAUCUGUACAGAUCUCUUCGCUAUUAUUCAAUUUGUAUUCAAUAACGCACAACACAGGACGCAGAGCUUUGAAAGAAGGGCUUCUUUCUUUGCGAUAGCCAAGGACUACUAAUUGUUUGGCAGUUAGUGGAGCAAGUCCACAGAUGUAGAAAGUAGUUUGAAGUGUUGAGACUGCAAUAAUAAAAUAAAUAUUAAAUUUUGAAAGUCCAAAUAAGAGACACAUUAAUCACCUGGAUCCACUAUGUAACCAGGCAGAUUACUAGCUGAAGUUUCGACUGAAUUUUUCUUGCUAAUUUCGCAAAUUCGUAUUGUGUCUACCCAGCCGAUUAACAGAGUAUACUCGUUGGACCAUCGUAGAUGACAGUGAUAGUUUUCUAGGCGCUCCUGGGCAGGAACCUCCCACUUAAUUAACCCAAGCGAACAUCUGUCUUUUAAAUCGUAGACACGGACACCUAUGUGACUCGCCCAAGCAACCAAGCUGCCAUGCCAGCAGAUCGACAGAACUUUGCCUUCGACUGAGCACAGCUCAGUUGCUUUAAGAUUCUUAAGGAGGUUUCGCUCAUACAAGACGAGUUUGUCAUCACCUAAGUAAGACUCGUUUUUUCGAUAAUUAAACAGUUUGAUAAAUCUACCUACCCACUAUGAGUCGCCUAUGGCGGGCCCUAGGAUCGGGGUCCAAAGCAAUGGCCUUUAUAAAUUUGCCGAAACUUAAAUUCAUAUUAUUAUCGCAGUUAAAAAAACCCGUUAUUUUCACCUGCGAAAAAAGAAGUUAGCCUUUAUCAGCCAUCGUCAAGCUUAGGACUCACUUUCCCGUCGUCGGAGCAAGUGGCCACACACUCGCCCUUAGGGCCUACAUCAAUAGAGUUAACUGCAACCUGAUGAUGGCGUUCGCUAUUGCUCAGAUUCGAAUUGACCGAGUUUCCUUGAUGGUCAAAUAAAUAGAUGCGCCCUCGGAAAGUGCCAAAUAUAAGAAACUAAAUACAAUUUAAGAAAAUACAA